GAUUUCUAAUAAUAUAGUUAAUUUUAGUGCUUUGGUGCUUUAAAAGUUGUAAAAAGAUCUCUUUCUGUACAAGAAGUGAGACACUUUUCGUGGAACUAAUCAAGCAAGUUAAGUAUUUACCGCUUUAAUCAAUCCUGAAAUCUUAGGAUGAGCCAGUUGGAACAUUCCCUGUUGUUGCUGGACGAGUCUACUGUCCGAUCUAAGCGCGGCUUGUUAAGGGCCAAGGAACGAGAUUACCGUUGUGGCCCAGCUGCGACGGCCGAUGAUGAAUCGUCCGUUAAAGUGUUGGAUUAUGACAUGUCCCUCACGGUUGGACCGCAGGACAUUAGAAGCUUUAUGCUGGAUCAGUCGCAACCGCUACUACAGCAGCAGAGGCAGCAAAACCAAUCCGAAAGUCGAUUGAGUUUGGCCGCCAGUCAUUUUAGUGUCAGUGGUGUGAAUGUGCGAUUCAAAACGGAACAACUAUUCGGUCAAUUUUUAGAGGUACUGCAGCGACGAACCAGCGAGUCUGAGGUAUUUGAUACGGUGGAGGAUUUAAUCGAAACAUUAGAUGAAACCUUGAAUGAGAUUGUAAAGAUUACCGCUCAGCAUGCGAUUGGAAAGGAGAGAAAAAUAGUGGCUGAAGAAUCGUGGUUAAAUGUCGAACGAGAUACCUGGAAGUUACUUUUUGCGUUGUACAAAGAUCGGCUGAUGAUUCAAAAGGAGGAAAUCGAAAUUGACGACUUGCCUUUAGUGAAUAGUGAACGAGCAAUUGUAGAGCAUUUGUACGCGGCAAAUGCAAAUCUGAGGGAGUACCAGUUAAUUGUGGACUGGCUAGAGCAAACUGCGCUUGAGCAGAACAGGAUGCAAAUAGGACACUUUACAGAUAGAACGAUUGCCUGGGAGAACACAUUGCACCAGCUUCAGAAUAUUGGUCAUACGGCUUUUGGAAGCUCUCGGGAAAUCGUAAAAAGUUUUGAUCCUGACGCACCAACCCGGGAACAACGUCCUCUGCACGAUUUGGACGUCGAAGAUCAAGCAAGGCUAUCUCGGCAAAUAUUUCAAGAGAUUCGUUUUGGGAGAAUUGAUGAAGCACAGAAUUUAUGCGAGCAUUGUGGUCAACCUUGGCGCGCUGCAAUUCUGGAGGGCUGGCGUCUUCAUCAUGAUCCAAAUUAUGAACCUUGGACUGGUGGUUCGGGGAGCGGUGCUAUGGCCUCUGGACUAAAGCAAACAAUCGAAGGAAACCCUCGCAGAGAUUUGUGGAAAAAAAUUGCCUGGAAGAUGGCGGAAAACCGAACAGUGGAUGAAUACGGUCGAGCAAUGAUCGGUGCAUUCUGUGGUCACCUGGAGGCAAUGUUAAACGUACUGGCUGACCACAGCUGGGCAGACGUUCUGUGGGCUUACUUGAAAGUUCAAAUUGACAUUAGAGUUGAAAGUGAAAUUCGGUCUCAUUGUAUCAAAAGCUAUUUGCCGAUGCCUGAGCGAUACUGGAACAGUAAAAUGUCCCUGGAGCAAAUUUUCGAGGAACUGGAUGCCCACAAAAAUGCCCUUAUUAAAGCUACUGCUCGUGAUGUUGAUCGGGUCAUUCAAAAGUAUCUAGUUCUGGAUGACAUUCCAGAACUUAUGCGCCAAAUCGAUAACUGGUUAUCAGACGUUUCUUUUUCGUUGACAACUCAAAUGAUUCGCUUCCUCGCUCAUUUGGUUUUGUUCAUGAGACAAAUUGGUAAACAGUGCCAGGAGGAUAUUGGUGAUAAGGUAAUCAAACGGUACGUUGAAUGUUUAAUCAAACAUGGUGAUGCGCAAUUAGUCGCGUUCUACACGGCUGCCCUCCCAGCGGAUUUGCAACUCCUGAUGUAUUCUAACUUUUUGGAAGCAAUCAGUGAAACUCAACAAAGAAAACGCGCCCUAGAAGAAGCAUACAACUUCGGUUUGGAUGUACCAGCAAUUACGAUUUAUACUGUAGAGAAAAUACGGAAUCGAGAAGACGAUUCGCAAGAUGCGAAACCUCAAGAAGGUGAAAUUACUUCGCUCGAUCUAUCUAAAAUCUCUUCUUUGGAGUGGCUUAUAUUUUAUCCGGAUCAGCGAGGUGAGUUGCUAUGGCAAACCAAUGCCAUGGUGCGAACAUUCCUUGCCAAACGGAACGUUGAAGCGGCUCGCAAAGCAUUCACUGUUGUCCCAGUGGACACCAUCCAGCAGAUCAUCAAUAAUUACGGAUCAAAAGAUGAUCUGCCAUACCGAGAGGAAUGUUGCAUUAAAGAAUAUCUGUGCCAUCAGACCUACUUGGCAGCAAUUGAUGGGUACAACGAUUGGGUAGAAUAUUACUACAAUAUGAAACCAAAACCGCCUCAGUUAGUGAAAACGAGCAAUUUCACCGAAAGGGUUGCUUCUGAGCAUCGUGAACAGUCAUACCGAAUGGAUCUAGAACGCUGGCAUAGCCAGCUGCAGGAGCAAACAACCGUGACUCGUGACUUAUUGUACAACAUUCUACUUUUUCCGGAAAAGGGUUGGCUAAUCGAUCCGGAAAGCACACACGAGAAGAACAUAGAAGAACUGCAAGAAGAGUGGCGCCACCGACAAGUUCAAUUGGAGAAUUUGAGAAAACUCUGCAUUCCCGAUGUGGUUCUACUGCUACAUCAAAUUUUUACUCAGUCCGGACGUUUCGACGAAAGUUUGCAGUUGGCGGACGUUAUCAGCUCGGAACAACGACGACUUUACACCAUUUAUUCUAAGCACAAACUAGCUGAGGUGAUGAGUAAAAUUGCUGAAUCAUCCCUAGCCCUAAUGAAUGAGAAGCAAGAUCCGUUCGUUGGAGAUGAAGCGAAAAAAAAAUAAUUAUUUAAUAUGUGGCGUUUGUAACAAUUUUUGAAU